CAGGGACCGUGGUCCCCCCGCCAAGCCUAGUCGUUGCUGAUUCCUAGGGAUUGAAGGAGACAUAUUUAUUUUUGUCUCAACGAAACUUGAAAACAAUGGCAGAAAACAACAUAGAGUGCAAUAGUGUGGUUGAUGGUAAUGUUGAAGAAGUCCCCAACAAGAAGAUAAUUAAGUUUAAUCCUCCAUUAUACAAACAGCGUUACCAAUUCGUUAAAAAAUUAGUGGAGCAACAUCAACCCAAGAAGGUUGCAGACUUGGGGUGUGGUGAUGUAUGCCUCCUAAUGAUAUUAAAAUACCAAAAGUGCAUUGAAGAGCUUGUUGGAGUGGAUAUCAAUGAAGGGAGACUUAAAUGGAAUGGGUCUAGGCUGUCCCCAUGCAUGGGGGAUCAUCUGGAUCCUCGAGAGCUGGAUUUAGUUAUUACCUUGUAUCACGGUUCUGUUUUGGAGAAAGACUGUCGUUUGCUUGGAUUUGAUUUGGUAGCAUGUAUUGAAUUAAUAGAACAUUUUGAUUCAGAAGAUCUGGCGAAGUUUCCUGAAGUCGUAUUUGGGUACAUGUCUCCAGCCAUGAUUGUCAUCAGCACACCGAACUCUGAUUUCAAUUCCCUGUUUCCAUCUGCAGUCUUCAGAGAUUCAGAUCACAAAUUUGAGUGGAGUAGAAUGCAGUUUCAGACCUGGGCUUUAGACGUGGCCAAUCACUACAGUUACUCUGUGGAGUUUACUGGUGUGGGAGAACCACCAGCAGGAGCUGAGGAUGUUGGAUGUUGUACCCAGAUAGGGGUCUUCCGGAAAAUAGCAAAGGCACCUGAAUCUGCUGUUUUGGAGCACCAUGGCGAACAUGUUUAUGAAGUUAUUUAUACGACCUCAUACCCGAGUUUACAGCAAAUGGAUUACUGUAGACGUGUAGUGACUUAUCUAGUGUACCGAGAGGUGAACAGAAUGAAACGGAGAUAUCAAGUGAGUCUGAGACAGCAUGAAUUGGAACCUGAGUCUGCAGACACUGGCAACCCAACAAGAAAAUUCAUCUCAGACCCUCCAGUUCCAGUACUCACAGAGGCAGACAAAGCCAUGGAGAUGAUUCCCCAACCCUUCUGUAUUGGAGAUAAGUUUUACGUACCUCUGGAGAGAAUCAUUGCUUAUCCCAGGCUGGGGCACAUAUGUGGUAAUGUAGAGAAGCUGAGAGAGUUCCUUGCUGAUGUAGUAGAACUGAACUGCGAUGGUUCUGCAGUGAAGGUUGACUUGCAUGAUUGUGGUGACUACUGAGCCUUCUUUAUUUCCUGACAUUCAGGGUCUUAGCAAUAAUUGGGCUCAUUUUAGAAUUUAAACUUUGUGCAGCCAUAAUUCAGGUAACUUUUAAUUUGAAACUCACCUAACUUUUUUUUUCUUGUGUGUUGAA